AUGAGCGAGCCAGGAACGAAGCGCAAGGUGCCUAUUAAGACAGAUUGUCAGUACCUUAUCCGCGCUAAACUCUAUGGGGUGAUAGCCCUGAAUUCGCUUGAAGGUAUGAUGCGUGAGUUGGAUGCGCUCAUUCCUGUGGACAUCGAAAAAGACAACGUAGAUGUAUUUGCCGACGAAUUACGGCGCUACCAGGGAGGAGUGCUGCAUCCCACAAGUCAUGGAGACUACUUGGAUCGUGCAAUGAGCAGUUUAUCUAGAGAAAUCGAAGUUCAAGUGCCUGUUGAGCUAAGUAACAGCAACACCGUCAAAGCUUUCGUAACAAAUAUAAUUCAGAGUUCUUCGGGAGAAGAACGCCAUCAGUACAUCGACCUUUUACAACAGCCAAUAGAGAUGAUUACGAAAUCACACCGCUUCGAUCUGCUUGUGAACCAAGUUUGCAUCUUCUUUUACAAGAAGCCCUCGGCCAGCUUGUCGGAAGACACUGUGAACUUUAUUCGCCGCUCAAUCCACGAGCUUUUCCGCUCAAAAUCGAAAGAGCAGCUGCACACUCAGCUAGUCUCGUCGCAAUCCAUCUCGGCGCGCAAUAUCGAUAAUAUCAUCCCUCCCUACGAAUACAUUGAUAAUGGGCAGUUCAUUAAUGCGUCGCUGGGGGAGAACGAGCGUCUGAUGACUAAUGAUAUGCUGCAGGGUUUAAGACAGACGACAGACAAGGACAUUGAGAUCAUGGGCCAGGCGGGAUCGAUGAAGCAUACAGAUAAUAUUACAAUUUCGAUUGUUUGUUGA